CAACGUCUCUGGUAAGAGGGUUACCCUGUAGCAUUUUCACCCGCAGCUGAAGCUUUUUAAAAGCUUCUAAAAGUUAUAUAUAUAUCCAUGUUUUCAUACGAGUGAAGCGAGAUUUCACUAAAAGAAUGAACGGCAAAGUUAUCGGAACGGGUCCAUACCGGGCGACCAAGCUGUGGAAUGAAACCAUUAAACUGUUCCGCGGAGGCUUGCCGCUGAGAAGGCACUGGGCGAACUUCCGCUACUAUGAUUGCAGUUUCACAGGAUCCGAGGCUGUCGAUUAUCUGCACGAUCUGCUCAGGCGCAAUUACAACUUUGGGCCAGAGGUGACUCGCUACCAGACUCUGCAGUUGCUCAGGAAGUUCCUCAAGGCUCAUGUAAUUGAAGACAUCAAAGGACGCCACGGGACAGAGGACUUUGAAGACAAUGGCCAUCUGUACAGGUUCCCCACACUGUCCCCCCUGAAGUCCUUCCCAACAAAGCCUCCGUUGAGAGACUUCAGUGACCUUCCCAGACUCAUUCGCUGGGACGACUACGAAGAAUUACCACAGCGGGAAAACAUGGCACCGUCUGCUGUCAUGACCUCAGAUCUGUGGAAUAAGAGGCACAGUGUGGCCAUUGGGGAUGUGAAUGAAUGCAAGCUCAUACGAAGGAAGGAGAUAACUACAAAGCAAGUGGACCACAUCUGGAAAUCAAUGACAGCUGAGCAUUUACAGAGAGUGUUGGGCCUAAAGUCACUGGAUGGAGUGUUAAACCCAACACAUGUGAACGGCAAGCACAUCGUUCACAACGUGUUCAGCGUGAAUAAGACAGGCAUAGUCGUACUGGAGAACAAAGCAGAGGACAUGCCAUAUUGGGUGGUAUCAGCAAUGAAAUGCCUCGCCAAUUGGCCCAAUGGCAAUGGAAGCAAACAGCCGGCGUAUCCGGGGUUCGAGAAGGAUGUUCUGAAAACAGUAGCCGAUUACUUCCAGAGGCUCAAAGAACCACUGCUGACUUUCCAUCUCUACGAAGUCUUUGUCAACAUCCUCAGUCUGCUGCAGCAGCCGGAGGUGGCCACUGAAGCUCUUCAGCUCAGCUCCCUCUUACUGCCUCCACCCAACAGAAGACGCCUUCAGCUACUACUGCGUCUCAUGGCCCGGGUGUGCCAGAAUCCCCACCUGCCUCCACUCAAUGACGCCAUCGCCACCCGCACACUGAUGGUGCAGACAUUUUCCCACUGCGUCCUGGGCUCAGUGGAUGAGAUGGACCUGGAUGAGCUGCUCUCCACUAAACUGGUGACCUUCAUGAUGGAGCACCACAACACCAUCUUCCAAGUUCCCGCCAAGCUGCGUAGCCAGGUCCAGGAGCACCUGUCCCACCUGAAAAGAGCUCAAAUCAAAUACGCAGGUUCAGACACAGACUUCAGCGCCUCUCCAGCUUUCUGUAAACAGAUCCGCAGGGUGGAGGCAGAGGAGCAGAGGGUGAUAGGAACCCAGACCCCGCUCCAGGCACUGCUGGAAGGCCUGAUCGCAGACAAAGAGCUCCCAGCCAAGGACAAGAAGAAACGGCUCAAACAGUUCCAGAGGUCGUACCCAGACGUCUAUAACAAUCGAUUGCCCACUGAGGAAAGCAGAGCUGCUGUGCUGCCGGAGAAAACCCCAAGACUCAAACCUCAUCUCAUGUUCCUCAAGAAGCCUUUCCAGCCCUUCCAGAGGAGCUGGAGCUUCAGAGCGUGACGUACCCCGCUGACACAUCUACACUUCAUGCUGUACACACAACUCCAACUGAGCGUCCUAAGGGCUGUAACGGUACUCUGGCCAUACAAAUAAUGUUUAAAAGUAAUCACUGGACUAGUCUGUAGCACUGUUAACCUAAGAUAAUACUGUAAAGGGUCAGUUCACUCAAAGACACUUAAUUAUAAUAAUAAUAAUAAUAAGACCUCCUCCUCACUGUUUCACUCUUAGUGGUAUCUGAAUGUCUGAAUUGACCCUUUAAAAUGCAUUUUUACUGUUGCUAGCUGACUUGAACAAAGUAUAGGAAACGAUGAUGCACUAACACUAUUAGAACCACUCAUGUUUCUUAAAAUGAACUCUCAUAGUUGUUCAACAAAUGUAUAUUGGUACAUUAUUACCUAAAAUACUGUACAUUAGAAAUAUCUAAUAAGCAUGGCAUUGACUGACACUGGCCUCUUGAUUGAAUGAAAUGCAUUUCAAAAGAAUAUACUUUAAUGCUACUUUAUUUACGUAAAGUAAAUUAUCAAAGAGCCUCAUACUCACAAAGCAUUUCUAUUGAUGUAUCAUUUUAUACUGUUUCAUAUUCAGAUGUGUUUCUUCAGACUGAUUAUGUAAUGUCAUUCGAUUGACUCUUGCUAUGCAAAGAGCAUUACAUUUGUUUGAAUACUUUUUAUGUGAUCUUGAGUCUAGGCAGCUCCAAGCCUAAUAUUAAUUAUACUUGUUAUCUUCGCUUAAUGUCAAUAAACAUAUCACAGGAUUGAUAAGAAAUCGAGCAUAUGUGAGGUAUUGCAUAACUGAGAAGCUGUAUUGAAAUAUAGAUGAUAAUUGCAAACAUUCAAAACUACAAAACAGAUGAGGGAAAAAAGUAGAUGAAAUUUGCUAUUAAAAGUUUACAACUACAUUCAUUUUGUAUGUCCAUAUGCUCAACCUUAAUCUCAGAAAAAGGAAGGAAAGGGUGAAUCAAACAUUUCUCACGUUACAAACGGUCCUUUGAUUCUAAGCCCUCCUUCCAAAUUACUUGACGGGUCCUGCUGCACUACUUCCUGUUUUUACUUGUUGGUUUUAGUCUGUAUAUAAGAACUAUUUCCCUCAUUGUUACAUAUUUCAAUGUCUCACCCUCAAUGUUUUCAACGUAUUUUGUCAUUUUCUAUUACCUGCUCUUCUGUAAUUGCAAUCAAGAUUGUUCUCCACUUAAUUUUACACUUAAAAUUGUUUAUGUUUUAUAAUGACUAAGUACGGAUAUUCCUAUAUGGAUUUCCAUAAUUGCUCUUAUCAAUGUGUUAAUGCUGGAAUAACUGUUACACUUGAAUUGCUGCUCUUCGCUGGAAAAAUUCAACUGGAUGAAAGUGAAUGCACGUUGAAACUGAUUUCUCUAUAAAUAUUCUAAUUGUCAAAUAUAACUGUUUUGUAUUUUUCUUUGCAAUUAUGGGUAGAUAUUUGUGGCACACAUUAAAAAAUAUGGUGUGGAUGUAAAUCAAACUUGUACAUUCUCCAGCGUAGGAUUAGGAACUGCAA